GCCCGCCGCUCCCCUCCCCUUUCUCUCUCCUCUAUAAACCCCACCGCACCAAGGAGAGAGAGAGAGAGAGAGAGGAGCAUUCCUUCCUUGCCGCUGGCCGCUGCACUCCCCCAGAGCAGAGCGCACCCAACCUCCACACCAAGCAAAAGCAGAGCAACCUCUUCCCCCUCCCACUCUCCCAUCUCCGCUCGCCCGCCGCGGCCGCCAUGGCGGGAUCGACGCGCGCGCUCCUGAUCCCGCUCCUCCUGCUGUUGGCGCUGGCGGCGCUGGCCCGCGCGGGCGAGGUGCCGGCGGCGUCGGCCCUCGGGUGGGAGCUCGGGGUGGUGGGCGCGGCGGAGGACGAGGAGUUCGGCUUCCCCGACGGCGACUCCGUGGCGCGCCGGGUGCUGCAGAACCAGAACAACGGGUACAUAAGCUACGGCGCGCUGCGGAGGGACAACGUGCCCUGCUCCGUGCGGGGCGCGUCCUACUACAACUGCCGCCCCGGCGCCCAGGCCAACCCCUACUCGCGCGGCUGCAACGCCAUCACCCGCUGCCGCGGCUGAUCUCGGGCCGUUCGAUCCCCGCGCGGCGGCGGCCACCGGGAAGAGGAGGAGGUUCAUAUUCCUGUUAAUCCCACGCCGUUGAUUCAGAAUCAAAAAAAACAAAGAAAAAUUGUUGAUCUGCCCUUUCAAUUAUUUAGUAGUACGAUUAUUUCUCUUGUCGUCAAUGCUGUGGAUUUUAACGAGAAUGAUUGGUGGUGGUUGGGCUGCCGCCCAAGCGAUUCGAGUCCGUAUGGUCCUGUAAAUUGCAUGAUUUGUGUGAUCGAGCAACGGGUGUAUAAACACUGAUGGUUAUUUCCUCGUGAACCUGUGUGAUUGUGAUUGUAGCCAGGGAGGGAUUCGUGUAGCUGUCCAGCUCCUUGAUUUCAUA